AUGGAUCCGGAUUCGGAUUCGGAUCCGUCCGGAUCCAUCGUCGAGAUCCGGAUUCGGAUCCGGAUCCACGGAUCCCAAAAUCUUGGAUCCGUCCCAUUCCUAGUAUACACCAAAGCAACAAACAAAGCCUACCCACAUUCGAGAAGUAAUUACUCAACACUGCCAGCAUAUUUCAAUAAUAAUUGCCAGAAAAAAUUGGGCAAGUCAUUUUCAAAGGAUAGCCUGCCGACGAAGACUCAGCUGGACCUGAUGGACAGUGUGGAGCGAGCCAACAGAGUGGAAGAGUGCAUCUACUACAAGAUGUUCGCCAGCGAAGAGGAAGUUGAAAGGUACAAAGCAACGAGGCGAUCCCACUUAAACACAAAUGAAGACAAUCGUACUGGUGCUAAUGAAAUCUGUAAAAGUGGCGCUGAUGUGAACAAAGUUUUCGAAAAUCAAUUUUCGCUGCAACAAUCGGCAGAACAGCCAACCCCGCCACUGACAACAUCGCAACGACAUAAAAGUCUGCAACAAUCAAACAAACAAUCAGCUAAAAAAGAGUCAUUAGAACCGAAGGCACAGAAACCAACGAAGCCAUCAUUAAAAUUAUUUUCACGACCGCUAACAAUCAAAUGUUUGUCUCAUCAAAAAUCUUCGCUACCAGCUUUUCAGUCCCAACCUGCAAGUGUAGAGAAGGAACUAGAGAUGCACGCACGAGAAAAAAUCAACAAGGUAGACAGCGAGAUGGAAAAAUCAUUGGAAACUAAAAACAUUUCCAGCAAGAAUAUUGUAAAUGCCAGAGAAUCUGAAAAUCGGGAUACAGAAGCACAACAAGAUGAACAAAACAAUACUGAACAGCUGCACAUCAAACCAAAUGGCAGUGACCAGAAAGAUGAAGAUGAAAAACAAUGCGACGACAACGACGCCACUUUAGUAAACACCACAGAGACCACAGAGUUCCAUACGGCCAUCAACGGCGACCUCAGCAUCGCAAAUAUCAGCAGCAUCACAGGUACCUCGCGAGCUCCGUUGCAGAAGCACGAACUACCUUCAACCUUCAACUUGGACUACAGAAACAUCGACAGACAAUUAAAGAAGAUACGUGAGGACGGCAAGAACGUCGGUGAUGGGAAUGACAGUGACGAACUCUAUCGAACCUGCAACCUUGUGUUCAGCAGCACCUUCAACUACCCACUACACAGCACCGUCCUUCCUUGCGACAGCUCUUCACUUUACUCGCUCGAAGUGCCAUACUGCUCUGGUGAUGAAUAUGAUCAUUAUUAUGAUGAAGUUGAGACCGACUGCACUGAUAAAAUUUUUGUGUCAAUGGAUAACAACAAACAACAACAGGUUACUGACGUCGCAAAAAUACACGCAGAUGGACGCACCGGCGUUAUGGAAGUUGAGACGAAAGAUAAAAAUGCGAUUGCAUUUGAAAAAAGAUUGAAUGAGGCGAAGAGACUUAAAAACCGUAAUCAUCCUCUGACGUCAUCAUCAUAUUCCGUCAUGUUAAAUUCAUCGCAGUACGAUGAAGAUGAGGAUGAUGCUAAGAUGGAAGGCAAUGCAAGGGUCCGACAACAAAAAAUUAAUCCCACAGGAAAACAAUUUGUAUGUCACCAAAAUAAAACUGCCAAGAAACAGCUCAAGAGACAACAGGUCGUGCGGUUUCCUGUUCAUCAGUUAUCUUCAGGAGAGUACAACGUCAAUACCGAUCACAAUGUUAGCUAUAAUACAAACAACAACAAAAAAAGCACCGACAACAACAACAAAUCUACAAAACUACAACGACAAUCAGCCAAAAUAGAUCUUACUUGCAUUCAAGAGGAAUUUGUCGAUAACCAAAGAAGCGUACGCACUAAGAACUUCUCAACAAAAAACAAUAUUAAGAGCAACAAAAGUGAUAUAAAAAUAGUCGAUGAUCGAGAAGUUGGCGACGACAACAUUGUGAACGAAAUGGACAGGGAGAACGGCAACACCAACAAAAGAGGAAGAUGCAGUGUGAAGCAUUGCAAGAAGCACCACAAAUACAUGCAAUACAUCAGACAAAGACAUCGUCAUGCAAAGCACUUCACAAACAACCAACUUGCUACCAACUACAAAGUGAACAGAAAUGAUCUGAAAUCGACUGAUGGAGAUUACUUUCUCAUAAAUGGUUACAAAGUUACUGUCGUUAAGAAGAAUGUUGACAAAAAUAUCAUCAAUUAUUACAAAGCAAGUGAUAGCAUACAUUUCUGCAACGAGGGAUACAUCGACAACGACAACAACGUUAACGGCGGACAAAUUCCCAGUCAGAAAAACAACUAUCGCAACAACAACAAAAGCAUAAACAACACUGACAACAUUAAUGCCAUAAAAAUUGACAGCACUAUGAAAAACCCCAACAAAGACAACAGCAGAAACGACUACCCGUCAAGCAACAUCAACAGCCACAAUCCAGUGGACGACCUUCCUCUAGGAAGAACACCUUCCAAUAGAACUUCCUUCACUUACUGUGAACAACCGCAGCAGCAGCAGCAACAACAACUUCAGCAGCAACAGCAACAACAACAACAACCUCAAGAACAACAUCGCCGUUAUCACGUUAGUCAUCGCAAUUUAAAAUAUUUGUGCUCAGUGAAGGAGAAGUGCAUGUUGUUCGAUGAGGAAUUUCAGCGCAUCAUGGCGUCUUCCAAGGCAGAAAAUUUCCUGAAGAACGAAAACAUCAAUGACGUCAUCAACAGCAAGAACUACAAAAUCUUCCAACCGUUUCCGCUCAUCUACAGCUGUUAA